AUGAUUGCGGUCAACGUGGGCGACGGAGCCGAAACCACAGUAAAAUUGUCAGCCACGUUAAGUAUGAAGUGGGGUUGUGUGAAGUCAAUUUUCAGCCCAAGGGAUGAGCAAAAACAAGGAUGUGGUCCUACAUUGAAAUUUCGACGACCUGGGGUUGAUACGUCACAAGAUGCCAUUGAUCCGACUUGA